AUGGACCCACCCGAUAUCACGGGGCUCUCCCUCAGCAGCCAGCGCACUCCGCCUCGCGCCGCCUCUCCUGCCCUUGCCACCCCACCUGCUCCGACCAAUGCUACCCCCGGCGCCGGUCUGCAGCUGGACAUGACGCUGGGCUCGGCGGUGCAGGCCCUCGUCCACCACCUUGUCCAGCCCCUCGCGGCUCACUACUCGCACUCCCAGCUGAUGACCUUGCGCCAGCGCCUGACCAAGAUUCUCACAAAGGCGUACGAGCCCUCUUGGAACGAGUCCAACCCGCACCAGGCAUCCGGAACCCGUUCUCUUAUCAGUGACCGGGUCCAUGGUCUACCCCCUCUUCUCCGUGAGGCCGCCGGUAAGGACAUUGACAUCCCCACUUGGUCCAAGGCCAUCUCGGCGUCGCACCGCAAGCGCGCCGAGGGCGAGGACGAGUCGGAGUGGGAGGUGUGGUGUGAUCCCGGUAUGGUCGUCUGGCGAUGGGGAGGCUGGGGAUGGGACGAGCCCGAGUUUGACCCGAUCAGACGCCCUCGUGAAUCAUUCCACGUUAUCUGGCAGGCCGCUCCCACGGCAUCGUCGGCCCCCGCCGAAUCGAGCCCCCAUGUCACCCCGGUCCGCACCUCGAAGGCUAUCCCGAUCAGAGCUCCCAGCCUGCUCGCCUUCCCUCCUACCCGCAGCGAGGGCACCCGCUCCCCCUCGCCGCACCUGCUGUCUGCAAACAACUCCCCGAGCCGCCCGUCUUCGACCCAGCAAGACGGCGACCUCAUGCGUCAUUCAUCACGUAAUGUGUCGUUCACUCGUCCCAACGGCCACAAAGGCUCGGACAGCACCAGCUCGCGCAGUUCAGACUCGAGCGACACGAACUCGAACUCACACACCCAGCUUCUCACUCCCGCGUCCCGUCCCGGCUCCGCCGACCUGCUACCUUCGGACAAGAAUGAGCAGGUCAGCGAGAAUGAGGAGGAGCACGCCAAGCGUGGGCGCACCACUUCGCCUACCCAGACCCGCCCUUCUUCGGCCAACUCCAACGGUCCCACCGUCACUCCCUACGACGGUGGUAACGUGACCGUUCUCGGCGGCGGCACGAAGCUCGGAGGCUCUCGCCCCUCGUCGGUGUACGGCUCUCGCCUCGACCGUACCCGCUCGCCUUCGGUUUCGAUCGCCUCGCGCGCUCUUGGCAACGCGGUCGGCCCCAACUCGAACGGAGGCACGGCUACCACGGCUGCAACCACUCGCAAGCAGCGUACGCGUCGCCGCAUCAUCCCCACGCACAUCGGCUACUUUGGGCAGCCCGGGGUCGGCGCCCCGAUGAUGGGUGCGUUCGGCAUGAAUCAGCCCAAGCCCUACUCGUGGCCCCACGGCCAGCCUGGGGGACCCGGCCUCGGCGGCGUCGGUGUCGGCGUCUCCCCUCCUCCUGUGAACGGCAUGCCCAUCGGUAUCAAGCGCAUCUAA